AUGGUGGACUUCCUGGCCGACAACAACCAGUGUGGCCAGGCCAUCCUCAGGAUAGUCUCCAGAGGGAACGCCAUCAUUGCAGAGCUCCUGCGGCUCUCUGACUUCAUCCCACCAGUUUUUAGGCUCAAGGACAAAAGUGACCAGCAGAAAUAUGGAGACAUAAUCUGCGACUUCAGCUACUUUAAGGGCCCGGAGUACUGUGAGGGGAAGCUGGAGGCCAAAGCAGAGCUUCAGGACCUGGACGAAGAGUUCAGAGAGAACAACACUGAGAUCCUGUCCAGGUUCUAUCUGGCCUUUGAGAGCGUCCACAAAUAUAUAGUGGAUCUGAACAGAUAUUUAGAUGACCUCAACGAGGGAGUUUAUAUUCAGCAGACCUUAGAAACUGUGCUUCUAAAUGAGGACGGCAAACAACUCCUCUGUGAGGCUCUUUACCUGUACGGAGUCAUGCUGUUGGUUAUCGACCAGAAAAUCGAAGGAGAGGUCAGAGAGAGGAUGCUUGUCUCCUAUUACAGAUACAGUGCUGCUCGUUCAUCAGCUGACUCCAAUCUGGACGACAUUUGUAAGCUCCUGCGCAGCACCGGCUACUCCAGCCAGCCUGGCGCUAAACGUCCCGCCAACUAUCCAGACAGCUACUUCCAGAGGGUUCCCAUCAACGCCACGUUCAUCAGCAUGGUCAUCGGGAGGCUCCGCUCAGACGACAUCUACAAUCAAGUGUCUGCCUACCCUCUACCUGAGCAUCGAAGCACGGCGCUGGCCAACCAGGCGGCCAUGCUCUACGUGUGCCUGUUCUUCAGCCCCUCCAUCCUGCACACCCAGCAGGCCAAGAUGAGGGAAAUAGUAGACAAGUACUUCCCUGAUAACUGGGUCAUCAGUGUCUACAUGGGCAUCACGGUGAAUCUGGUGGAGGCCUGGGAACCAUACAAAGCUGCUAAGACGGCUCUGAACUACACCCUGGACUCCGCUAACAUCAAAGAACAGGCUGCUCGGUACGCAGCCGGUUUGGAGAGCCAGAGGCCUCAGAUGCAGCAGCUACUGAAGGAAGGGUUCCUCAGGGAGGAAAUCAUCCUGGACAACAUCCCCAAACUGCUCAACUGUCUGAGGGACGGCAAUGUUGCUAUCCGCUGGCUGAUGCUGCACUCUGCAGAGUCUGCCUACGACCCGAACAACAAGCGGCUGCGUCAGAUCAAAGACCAAGUUCUCAAUGACUCUAAGUACAAGCCCAAGAUGCUGUUCCAGCUGCUGCUGGACACUGCUCAGUUUGAGUUCACACUCAAAGAGAUGUUCAAGCAGAUGCUCUCAGAGAAGCAGCUCAAAUGGGAGAGCUACAAGAAAGAGGGAUCUGAGAGAAUGACUGAGCUGGCUGAGGUCUUCUCCGGCGUCAAACCUCUUACCAGGGUGGAGAAAAACGAGAACUUGCAGGCGUGGUUCAGGGAAAUCUCCAAGCAGAUCGAGUCUUUGAACUACGAGGACUCCACGGCUGCUGGGAGGAAGACGGUGCAGCUGAUACACGCUCUUGUUGAGGUGCAGGAGUUUCACCAGCUGGAGUCGAACCUGCAGGUGUGCCAGUUUUUGGCUGACACCAGGAAGUUCCUGCACCAGAUGAUCCGCACCAUCAACAUCAAAGAGGAGGUCCUGAUCACCAUGCAGAUAGUUGGAGAUCUGUCCUACGCAUGGCAGAUCAUUGACAGCUUCACAGCCAUCAUGCAGGAGAGCAUCAGAAACAACCCAUCCAUGGUCACAAAACUUAGAGCCACAUUCUUGAAGCUGGCGUCUGCGUUGGAUCUUCCGUUGCUGCGUAUCAACCAGGCCAACAGCGCCGACCUGCUGAGCGUUUCGCAGUUCUACUCUGGAGAGCUGGUGGCGUAUGUCAGAAAGGUGCUUCAGAUUAUCCCAGAGAGCAUGUUCACCUCUCUGGCCAAAAUCAUCAAACUUCAGAUCCACGACAUCAUCGAGGUGCCCACACGGCUGGAUAAGGACAAGCUGAAGGAUUACUCCCAGCUGAACGCUCGCUAUGAAGUGGCAAAACUCACUCAUGACAUCUCCAUUUUCACUGAGGGCAUCUUGAUGAUGAAGACAACUCUAGUCGGGAUCAUUGAAGUGGAUCCUAAGCAGCUUCUGGAGGAUGGCAUCAGGAAGGAGCUGGUGAAGAGGGUGGCGCUUGCUUUGCACAAAGGCUUAACUUUCAACUCAAAGGUUAAGCCCAGUGAACUUAUGCCCAAGUUGAAGGAGAUGGCUGCCACCAUGGACGGAUUUUACAGGUCGUUCGAGUACAUCCAGGACUAUGUCAGCAUCUAUGGCCUAAAAAUCUGGCAGGAGGAAGUGUCUCGCAUCAUCAACUACAAUGUGGAGCAAGAGUGCAACUGUUUCCUCAGGACAAAGAUCCAGGACUGGCAGAGUGUGCACCAGUCCACACACAUACCAAUUCCAAAGUUCGCCCCCAUGGAUGAGUCUGCUACCUUCAUCGGUCGUCUCUGCAGAGAGAUUUUAAGAAUUACUGAUUCCAAGGCAACAUGCUACAUCGACCAACUGAACACCUGGUACGACUUGAAGAGCCACCAGGAGGUGACCAACAACAGGCUGUUCUCUGAGAUCCAGAACACGCUGGGUACCUUUGGUCUCAAUGGACUGGACCGGCUGCUCUGCUUCAUGAUUGUCAAGGAACUUCAGAACUUCCUGAUGAUGCUUCAGAAGACCAUCCUGAAAGACAAAGCAGUGGUGGAUGUCUUCAGAAUCCUGCUGGCUGCUGUCAAUCCAGUCCAAGGCAUUGUGGCUAAUGCCAACAAAGUGUAUGCUAAUGCUGUUGCCAAGUCUCAUAAGAUCUGGGGUUCAUACCUGGAGGCCAUUAUGAAGGUUGGUCAGAUGCAGAUUCUCAGACAGCAGAUUGCUAACGAGCUGAACUACUCCUGCAAGUUUGACUCCAAACAUCUGGCUGCUGCCCUGGAAAACCUCAACAAGUCUCUUCUAGCAGACAUUGAAGCCCACUACCAAGACCCGACUCUGCCGUACCCUAAAGAGGACAACACUCUGCUGUACGAGAUCACUGCAUACCUAGAGGCUGCUGGGAUUCACAACCCGCUUAAUAAGAUCUACAUCACAACAAAGCGUCUCCCGUACUUCCCAAUCAUCAACUUCCUGUUUGUCAUCGCCCAGCUGCCUAAGCUUCAGUACAGCAAAAACCAAGGAAUGACAUGCAGGAAAGCCACAGACCCAGUAGACUGGCUUCCUCUGAUGCUUGGUAUGCUCACCCUGCUCAAACAGUUCCACUCCAGAUAUACACAUCAGUUCCUGGCUCUCAUUGGUCAGUUCAUCCGCUCCAUCAUGGACCAGUGCACGAGCCAGAAAAUCCCUGACAUGCCGUCAGAUGUGGUGGGAGCUCUGAUGUUCCUUGAAGAUUAUGUGAAGUACACAAAACUCUCACGAAAGGUGGUUGAAGCUCAUGUGCCCAGUUUCAUUUUUGAUGAGUUUAGAACAAUAUUGUAAUGAUCUGGAAGGAGCAGUUUCACCUGAAAAUGUUGCUCUUGUUGCCAACAGAUGUUUCUUUACUGUAAAUGUUUUUCCUUUUAUCAGUGGAGAAAGCGCACAUCUCUAGUAAAAUAAAUAUUUAGUCUAUUCAAGCAUUACAGCGAUCAUCUAUGGUGUCCUUGUAUCUUGUAUUUUUAUCUGUAAUUUUCAUACAGUAACAGUUCAAAUGCUGAGGAAUUUCUCUUUUU